AUGAUCGAAAACGGCCAGCUCUACAGGAACAUGGGCUACCGAGCUGACUAUGAGGACUACUCCCCGACGCUAAACGCCAUGUUCGCCAGUGUGAAUCUUGUCAAAAGCCCACUACCCCGGUCGAAACAAGGAAAUACUAUGCUGCUGGUGUUUCACGACGUAUUCUCGAAAUGGGUAGAAUUGAUCCCACUCCGGAAAGCCACCGCAGCUCAAGCGCAGCAAGCGUUUCGGGAACGCAUACUUGGGCGAGUGGGCAUCCCCCGGAAGUUCGUAUGCGACAACGGAACCCAAUUCACGAGCUGGGUCCUAAAAGACUAUUUCACCAAGCUCGGCGUAGAAAUCCAGUACACGGCUCCAUAUUGCCCACAGGAGAAUCCCACAGAAAAAACCAACCGCACUGUGAAGACGCUGAUAUCCCAGCUGUCGGAAGGCGACCAGAGUUCGUGUGAUAAUUUGUUGCCAGAGAUAUCCCUCGCGAUCAAUAGCAAUAUAACGGAUUCGACGGGGUAG